AUGUCGAAUACUUUUCUGUUUACGUCUGAAUCUGUGAACGAAGGGCAUCCAGAUAAGCUUUCGGAUCAAGUUUCCGAUGCUGUGUUAGAUGCUUGCCUAGCUGGGGACGAAUUGUCCCGAGUUGCUUGCGAAACGUGCUGCAAGACUGGAAUGGUAAUGAUCUUUGGAGAGAUCACGACGUCGGCAACAGUGAACUAUGAGCAGGUCAUUCGAGAUGCUGUAAAGGAUAUCGGCUAUGACGAUCCUGCAAAAGGUUUUGACUACAAGACUUGCAACGUCAUCGUCGCGAUCGAAGAACAAUCACCUGAUAUUGCGCAAUCGGUGGAUGCCCAGAAGAUUGAGGAUCUUGGUGCAGGAGAUCAGGGCAUCAUGUUUGGUUAUGCCACUGAUGAAACGGAGACUCUUAUGCCAUUAACCCAUAUGCUUGCAACUCAACUCGGCUCGAAGAUUACUGAAGUGCGAAAGAACGGAACUUGCGAUUGGGUUCGUCCAGACGCAAAAACUCAGGUCACAUGCGAGUACAAUAUGGAGAAUGGACUCCCAGUUCCCGUCCGUGUUCACACAAUUGUUAUCUCUUGCCAGCAUUCCGAGGAAGUUACGAACGAGCAAAUUGCGAGUGACUUAAUGGAACAUGUUAUCAAGCCAGUGGUCCCAGAAAAAUAUCUGGACGACAACACCGUCUAUCAUUUGAAUCCGUCCGGUCGCUUUGUCAUUGGAGGACCACAUGGUGAUGCUGGAUUAACUGGGCGAAAGAUCAUCAUCGACACAUACGGAGGAUGGGGUGCUCAUGGUGGAGGUGCCUUUUCGGGUAAAGAUACAACCAAGGUCGAUCGUUCUGGUGCAUACGCUGCUCGAUGGGUGGCCAAGUCCUUGGUUGCAGCUGGGCUAUGCAAACGAGCAUUGGUGCAGCUUUCGUAUGCCAUCGGAAUCUCGCACCCACUUUCCGUGUACGUCGAUUCCUACGGCACAACCAAAGAAGGAAUGACAGAUGCUGACUUGAUCAAAAUCAUUGAGAAGAAUUUUGAUCUUCGACCAGGUGGUAUUAUUCGUGAUUUGGACUUGCGUCGCCCUAUUUUCCGCAAAACAGCUGCUUAUGGCCACUUUGGAAGGGAAGAACCUGAGUUUACUUGGGAGAAGCCAAAGAAGUUGGAGUUGUAA